AUAUAUAUUUUGCUGGUCAUUAGUCAUUUAUUUUCCUCUGUCUUACAAAUUGAAAACAAGUGUAUUGUCCUCAGAUUAUCUAUAUAAUUACUCAGCUUAAUUUUGAUUAAGUGUUUGAUAAUUUACUAAGUGAAUUAUUUAAGCUACUUAUUUCAGCAUGUCUCUGCCAUUUAACAAGGAGCAUCUGGCUCCACUACAACGUUUCGUAGAGUUGUGCACAGCAAACCCUCAGAUGCUUCAUUUACCCGAUUUAGCAUUUGUCAAAAACUUCAUUGAACAUUUCGGCGGAAAAGUCCCGAUGCAAGCUGCUGGUGAUCCACCAAGCAUGGAAGUACCAAUGCAGCCGUCAAAUGACGAGCCUGAAAAAAUGGAAUCUGAGUCUGAUGCGGAGAGUGAACUGGAACUUGAUAUGACCAAUGUUCUUGAACCCGACAAUGAUCCACCACAAAAAAUGGGAAAUCCGACCGUCGAGCCAACUGAGGAAGAAAUCGCCGAAGCUCAGUCAAAGCGCUCCGAAGCAGUUUCAGCGUUCUCUGAAAAAGAUUACGAGAAAGCCAUAAAACUGUACACCGAAGCGAUAACUCUGAACCCCCACGCAGCUCUUUUGUACGCUAAGCGCGGGCAAGUGUUCCUGGAGAUAAAGAAACCGAAUGCUUGCAUCCGUGAUUGUGAUCGUGCCCUGGAACUGAACCCCGACAGCGCAGCAGCUCACAAAUUCCGCGGUCGCGCGAACCAACUUCUUGGAAACUUCGAGGAAGCUGCUACUGACCUGAGAUUGGCCUGCAAAUUCGACUUUGACGAGCAAGCUGACGAGUGGCUUCGUGAAGUGACUCCAAAUGCGCGCAAAAUUGAAGAACACAAGAGAAAGAAAGAACGCAAAGCUCUCGAGAAAGCUGAGAAGAGACGUCAGGAGGCCUUGAAGAAAGCACGAGAGGAGUCCAAGGCUCGUGAAGCUAACUCUCGUCCAUCACAAACCGAUGAUGGAGCUAAGGCGUCAAUGAACGACUUCUACAGUUAUCUAAAAGAUCCUGAAGUCUUGCAAGCAUUCCAGGAUCCUGAGGUCUCUGCAGCAUUUAUGGAGAUCUCGACGAAUCCAUCCAACAUCCUCAAGUACCAAAAGAACCCGAAGGUGAUGAAUCUCAUCAACAAGGUAGCUUCCAAAUUUGGCGGUGGCGCUGGAAUGCCCGGUGGAUUUCCGGGAAUGAUGGGUGAAGGUGGUAUGCCUGGAGGAUUCUGUCCAGGUAAAACCAAUCCUCCUGCUCCUGAUGACGACGUCGGUCUUGACUAAUUUAAUUAACUUCUCCAAGCAUCAACACCAACGAGCAAUUUUAAAAUAUAAAAAAAUAUUAAAUAAUAAUACACUGUCCAGAUUACAGAUUUGUAAAGCAUCAAACCAAUUACGUAAUAACUUUCUUAUUUUUUA